AUGGAUAAAAUAGAUGAAAAAAAUAAAAACUCCAAUAAUGACAUAAAAAGCGAGAUAAAUAGCGACGUAGAAAGCGAUGGCAAGGAAGUGGAAGUAAGUGAGAUUUAUAAUAAAAGUAAUUUCAUUAACGGUAAAGGGGGGAGAUUGGUUCGAAUACUGUCCGAAUUCGUUGGUGUGCAAGAUGCAUUACGAGAUGAAGGUAUAUUUUUCACUGUUGUAAUAUUUGGGUCAUCUAGAUCAUUAAGCAAUGAAAAAUAUGAAGCAAGAAAAAGAAAAUUUGAAAAGAAACUAAGUAAGUUCAGUGAAAAAAUAACAAAUAAUGUUCCAUUAAUAGGUGAAGAAAUAAAAGAAUAUGAAAAGGUAAAAACAGAAAUGGACAAAUUACAAAAAUUAAGAUGGACUACUGAAUAUUAUGUAAAAAUAUAUGAUCUUUCUAAAAGAUUAACAUUAUUUUUCGGAACAGAGGAAGGUCAAAAAGCAGUAAAAAAUAUAUCCAAUCAUUUACCGAAGGUUCAUAACUUUUUACCAAAUAUAAAAGGAGAGAAGAGUCCAAAUAAUUAUACUGUUGCAAUAUGUACAGGUGGUGGACCAGGUUUUAUGGAAGCAGCAAAUAAAGGAAGUAGAGAAGCAAAUGGAAAGUCAUUAGGUUUUAUGAUUUCUUUACCUUUUGAAAAGGGAGCAAAUCAAUAUGUUGAUAAAAAUUUAUCUUUUAAAUUUCAUUAUUUUUUCACCAGAAAAUUUUGGUUAGUUUAUUUAUCAUUAGCAUUUAUUAUAUUACCAGGAGGCUUUGGAACCCUAGAUGAAUUAAUGGAAAUUUUGACCUUAAAACAAUGUAGGAAAUUUAAACGAAAUGUACCUAUAAUUCUUUUUGGAAAAGAUUUCUGGUCAUCUAUUCUAAAUUUUAAAAAAUUAGUGGAUUAUGGUCUUAUAUCUCAAGAAGAUUUAGACAGCAUAUAUUUUACUGAUUCUACAGAAGAAGCUUAUAACUAUGUAAUUAAUCAUUUAAAAAAAACAAGUUUGUCAGAUACGGCGUAA